CCAGCACUUUGCUGCCUGGGCAGCCGGGCGCCAUUUUGUUCGUCUGUGAAGUCAAGAAAAGAAGAGAUAAGUCCAGUCCAGGAGCGUCGACCACGAGCGUCUACAUGCACCAAACCGAACAUACUUAAUUCCAAUCGGUAUAAACUGGUAAUUGUGAACGCUUUAUUUGAAGUGAUUGAACUUUUUAUGUUAUUUUAGUUAAGUGCAGUAGUCGUGCUAAAGUUAACAACAUGCUACCCGAAGUUAGCAACAUGCUAUUGGAAAGCCAUAGAACACUGUGUUAUUUUCACGUAACGUUACACAGCUUUUAUGCUUAAACAUAUAAAAUAAUUAUGUUCUUUACACGUUGUUUGUCCCAGUGUUUCUCAUCUGACAACCUUCAUAGUUAAAUGAGUCAGACCAAAUACAACACUAAAGGCCUAACAUGACAAAAGGGGAUAAAACUAUCUUUUGAACAGUGGGUUUAAUUCAAAAUGUAUCUAAUCGUAAUCGAACUUUUGAAAAACUCAAUGGAAACCAGAUUUUUUCAAAAAUUCGAAUCAAAGUCGUUUUCGCUGUGCUUUCGUUUUGGUUUAUUUAUGAGUGUGUAACGUUAGAUUAUGUAACUUACUAUAAAAAAAUUUUUAUUUGAGAAAAUGUUAAAAUAUUUGAGAUUUACAGACGCGGAAUUUGUAAACCGCACCCUAAAUUUACAGGUGCGGAUGCAAAAUCUGCGACAUAUUUAUUCAGAUAAUACCAAUUUUAAAACUUGAUAAAUAUGGUUUAUCAUGCUUGGAAAAACGAUACCCAGACCCAAAAUGAGUUCAAAUACAAAAUUGUCUUCACAAUCUGAAGUUGUUUGUAUGUAUUAUCACGUAUUAUUGUGUUCAAUUACAUGUGAUAUAAAUCCAAAACAUGUUCAGUCUUAAGUUACCUAAAGAAUUUUUUCCAUGUAAUAAAAUAUAUUAUGUUCCUGUCCUUAUUCAGAUAACCAAUUGUUCAGCACAUGGGGAGUGUUUUUGUCUCUUUUUUUGAAAUGUAGGUUAUGCAAGAUCUUGUCCUUCAUUCCAGAGGAUAACUGGAUUUGGAUAAUGAAAUCGCUUCCCUGAAGAUUGCUGCUUUUUUUCUCACCAUUGAUUUUUGGUUGUCCUCUAUUGAGCAUUUUUAUUAAAGUUCCAGUCUACCCCCCUUUAAUUUUUCCACCUGCCUUCAGGAAUGAUAGAAGAGAACCCUUCUUUUUUUUUCUUUCCAACAUCUCCAAGAUAUCCAGUUCCUUUUUUGCGCUCAUCUCUCCUUUUUUGACAACAUCUAGCUUGAGGAUUUUUUUAAAACUCCCCCAAACCCCCUAACCACUCAAUUAGCAACAAUAUUGGAAAGAAAAAAAAAAACGAAACGGACAUUUUCCACCACCUGCCAGUUUUAACACAGCAGUCUGAUGGGAACAAGUUUCUAAGAGAGGCAAAAGUUGCCCCAUCUCUCCCUGUUCAGUCUUUACUCAUCAGUCAAGUGUUCCUUCAGGAUCCAUACAGUGCUGGAGCGACCCUUCACGUGCUUGAGAUCACCAGGGAACGUCUCAGCCACUGCAGGGAGAUUCACGUAGACCCUGUCGCAGGAGUCCAGGACGAGAUCCCAGCAUCAUUGAAGAGCUCCUGACCUAGAAGACUACAAACUUGUGCCAGAAUGACCAUGCAAGGAGAUGACUGCUACUUCUACUAUUAUUCCACCUGUACUAAGGGUAACAGCUGCCCUUUUCGACACUGCGAGGACGCCAUGGGUAGCGAGACGGUCUGCACCCUGUGGCAAGAGCAAAGGUGCUUCCGUAAUGUCUGCAUGUUUCGCCAUAUGGAAAUAAAGAAAAACCGCAAGGAAAUCGCAUGCUAUUGGGAGAACCAGCUGGCUGGCUGCCAGAAACCUCACUGUGCUUUCCAUCAUGAGAAGCCGCGCGUCAUCGAUGGGAAUUAUUUUGCCCCAGACAAAGGACAAGUAGUGCGAAAGGAGAAGGAAGAGACCCCACUCGAGGACCAAGUCAAUCAAGUCCCUGCGCCCACUGCAAACCCCACUAACCCGCAGUUAAGAGGGGUCAUUAGAACUGAGACCCAAGAGAAUGUCCCCAGCCCUACCCAUCCACCAGUGGUCAUCAACCCUGUCGAUGACGACGAUGAGGAUGAUCAAUUCUCAGAGGAAGGAGAUGAAUCUCUUGGAGGAUCACCCCGAAAAAUGAUCCCAAGCAAAAAUGAUUCGCUGAACUUUGGUAUCCAGACACUAGAGGAGAUCAGAUUGAGGAAAGCACUCAUGGCAAGUUUGAAGAAAUCUGGGCAGUCCACCAUGCAAGGCUCAGCCCAAAACAAAGGAACUGCUAUUGAAAAGGAAAACAUUCAGUCUCUCUCACAUCGGGAAGUUAACAAUGCCAGCAUUGAUUCAUCUGUUAAUGAAAUUGGAAAAAGAAAAAUUGCGGACAGACUUGGGAAAAGAAUUUUGUCCAGAGAUGCUCCUGUGGAGGAAGACCUACCUUUAAAACGACGCCUUGCUGAACGUCUCGGUGGAAUUGUUGAAUCCUCCACAGACGUGCUACCACAGAAAGCUCCGAAACCAGUGCGUGAAAGACUUGGGUUGACUGCCGCCUCGUCUAGCACUGACAGCGAGCCAAAAUCAUCUGGAGAUAUCCGUAUAAAAACCCUCGAGGAGAUUCGGCAAGAGAAGGCAGCCAAAAACCUCAACACAAUUAAAGUUGUGCGUGUUGUGAAAGAAGUGCCGGUGAAGGCGCUGAGCCCAUCCAAGAAAAGUGUCAAACCCGCUGGCGGACCUCAAGUUAAGACCUUCUCUGAAAUCCUUCUCGAAAAGAAAAAAAUGCAGGAAAAAAAAGCCCAGGAAGUGAGCACAACAGCCAGAAGCCCAGAGGGGAAUGAAGGACCUUCCACUGCCGGAGCUGCGGUCAAGGCUCCUGUGGCAGCUGGGGAGGUACGAGUAAAAACGCUGGAGGAGAUACGCAGGGAAAAGGCAGCCCGGAUGCAGGCACAGCUUCAAGAGACCACAGACGAUAAGACCCCGACCUCAACUGAAGCAGAGUCAAGUGGACCUCCAAAGAGGCGCAUUCUACGCAUUAAUAAAAGCUCAUCAGCUGCAUGCACUGUGGGUCAGACAAAACCAGAUGAUCCUGAUAAGAAAUCAGAACCUGCAAUAGAGGCAAAUGGAAAAGGUAAACCCACCAGUGAGACCGUUAAAGUAAAAACGUUUGAGGAGAUCAUGCGAGAGAAGAGACUCCGCAAGCUGCAGGAGGAGCAAGUCACCUCCACCAACCAGAAAGACGCAGGACUGUCUGCACCUGCAGCCUCACCGCCAGCCUCUGAACCCUCUGCCCAACCACAAACAACCGUGAGAAAGCGGAUUGCCCUCAAAAACAAGAGCUCUCCUCUUCCUGCUGCCCCAGAAACGCCCCAGAAAAGCUCCCCCGAGCACUCUGGAGACAGGACUCCAUCGACGAACACACCGACUCGAUCAAACACACCGAAGCCCUCAACCUCUCCCGUGAUACCUGUCCAGCUAGCUGAGGGAACUAUUCAAACAGAGACCAAGGUGAAGCCCAAGGUGAAUGUGAAGCCGUCAGUAAUAAAGCCGGCAGCCCAGCCUACCCAAAAGAGGAAAGCUGCAAAAGUUCACUCUGCUGUUGCUGAAGUGAAACCUCUUAACACUGCCUGUCAAACACCUUCCUCGCUGGUUAUUCCCAACAAGCACCUUAGGGUGGAGUCACCAGCCUCUCCAGAUGUUAAGUCCAACACUCAGCAGGUGCCUUCCAACACCGUGGAUAUUCAUAUGGUGCCUAUGAACUGCAUUGAGCCCGCCAGUACUACAUCUCCUGAAGUUGUUGCGGUCCCCCAAAGCCCUGUGGUCAAAACACCCAACAUGCGCCCUCGGCGGUCCAGCACCACUACUGGUCGUACUCCUGUUGUUACCAGUUCAUCAGUGGAUGACUUUGAAGACCUGUUAGAUGAAUUUACUGAUGAUCGGCUUGAGGAUGACUUGGAAUUGGAUUCGGGCAAGGGAGAGGACGACCUCCUUUUAGAACUCUCAGAAAUGAUUGACAGUUAGACAUGAGCGAUGUCAUCCGUUUUCUUACAAAAACACUGCCACUAUGAAUUUGAAAGGACUGUGACACCAUUUAAUCCACAGCAUUUUAAAUUAAGACUUUUUUAUUUUCAAGCUCUAAUAGAUCUGUUUUAAUGUUUCUUUUAGGUUUUUUCUUGUCGAUGUAAAUAUGAUUUCUUCAUCAAAUAGUGCUUGAGAAACACCAGUUGUGGUGUACAGGUCUUGUCCUCUUGUUUUCUUUUAGUUGACUUCCUAAAGCUGUCAAAAAAGAGGAAAAAAUCUUAUUUAGCUGUUGCAGGUAUUGACAAGCCAUUGUAAGACAGCCUCGGGUAUAAUGAUUGUGUUGGAGGUUGUGUUAUAGCACUAUCACUCAUGUAUUACAAAGACAGGAAGUUUUCAGUUGUGUACUGUGUAUGCUGAAAAAUAGCUUUUUAUUAGAGAGGCACAUUAAGGCCACACCUUUCUUAGUCUUCGUUUUGAGUUACAUGUAUUUAUGAUCCAUUAAAUGUUCUUUGGACAUCAUUAUCAACAUUGUUUUAACAGGUCAUUUUGCUCACCUUUGAUUUAGUUUAGGCAAACAUUUUAUGGUCCUAUUGUUUAAUGGUCUGACAGAUAGCUAAAGGUCAUAGCUCGCCUUUCUUCAUUUCUGCAUAAAUUAAGACCUUUAAGAACUUAAGAAAUGUUAUGCUACAUGAUAUUCCCUUGGGGACCGUCUAUACAUUUUCACUUUGUGAAAUUAAUAUCAAAUUAUUUUAGCAGUGAAUUUCCUUCUCGGACUUCUGAAUGAAACGUGUAAAUAUGAAGCGGUGUUCUCAGGGAAAAUACUUCAGCUUUGCUUAACUUGUAUGUUUUGUUUUCUUUGGAAAUGUCUUGACCGUCCAUGUCUUCUCUUUCUUUUUAUUCACCUUAAUUAAGUGACAUCAUGCAUUAAGGGACUGGGAUGUGAAAAUGUUAUCUUUACUGCAGCGUCUGUCUUCAGUUGAGUUGCACCUCUUCAAAACCAACUUUGUAAAUAAAAUGUCUUUGAGAAAA